CCGAUAUCUUGAUCUUGAAUCCCGAUUCACCUAAAAAAACUCACGAGACCCCAUGGGCCCCAACUUCAAACCCGCAUCUGUUGCUAUUUCAUUCCCUUACUCAUUCAGGAAGAACUCCUGUUAUCUAUCAUCCUCUUUCACUCAACUUCUAAAAUCUUAAAAACUUAUAAACUUCUAAAAUUUGUUAUUGAAUUACGAAUUCAAGCAAACUUCAUGCUGUUCUCACAAAUCGCCAGUACAACAGUCGGCAUAAUUAUAUCGAUGAUUUGAAAAUUUCUUCGACAAUCGUAAAAUCAAUCGCCUACUACUGGAAAAUCUUGAAGAAAUUAAAUUGAAGAAGCGAAUGAAGGAGUAGAAUAUCUUCGGAAAUGCUCAAAAUCAGGUUGAAUGAAGAAGAGGUCGCCAUUGCAGCAAUUAAGCAAGCUUUGAAAGCGCUUCGACAGCGGCAUUUGGCGGAAGAAGGUGCUCAUGCUCCGGCGAUCACCGCUAUAGCUAGACCUCUUAUCUACCAGGGCUCAGAAUGGAAAGAUAAAGCUGAAAAACUGGAGCUUGAACUUCAGCAAUGUUACAAAGCUCAAUCUCGACUAUCUGAGCAGCUUGUGGUUGAAGUUGCUGAGGGUCGGACGGCCAAAGCUUUGAUUCAAGAGAAAGAGACUGCUGUAGCUAACUUGGAAAAGGAGGUUACUCAGCUGAGCGAUGAGCUCUCGGAGUUUAAGAAAAAUUUAGAUGAGAAAAGUAAGGGUGUAGAAUUGCUGACAAGUGAGAAUCAAGAGCUGAAAAGACAACUUGAUGAGAUGACUAUGAAAGCGAAAAAUGCAGAAGCUGAGAAUAAGAUGUUGAUUGAUCGUUGGAUGCUUCAGAAAAUGCAAGACGCUGAGCGUCUCAAUGAGGCAAAUUCUCUUUAUGAAGACAUGCUUGAACAACUCAAGUCCAGCAGCAUACAACAAAUUGCUCGGCAACAAGUUGAUGGUGUGGUUCGUCAAUGUGAGGAAGGUGCGGAGUUUUAUGUGGAAUCAACGGUUCCUACAACUUGCAACAAUAGAAUACAUGCUCAUGAUGGUGGAUGUGCUUCCAUAUUGUUUGAAUACAAUUCCAGCAAAUUGAUUACUGGAGGGCAGGACCGUUCUAUUAAGAUGUGGGAUACAAGCACGGGAUCAUUAAGUCACACUCUUUAUGGUUGCUUGGGUUCUGUUCUGGAUCUCACUAUCACAAAUGAUAAUAAAACUGUAAUAGCAGCUAGUAGCUCAAAUAACUUAUAUGUUUGGGAUGUCAGCUCGGGCCGAAUCCGACAUACACUUACAGGACAUACUGAUAAAGUCUGUGCAGUAGAUGUGAGUAAAGUAUCCAAUCGACAUGUUGUCAGUGCAGCAUAUGAUCGAACAAUAAAAGCUUGGGAUUUGCAGAAAGGUUAUUGCACUAACACAAUCAUUUUCCCAAGCAAUUGCAAUGCAGUUUGUUUCAGCAUGGAUGGAAGAACAAUAUGCUCAGGUCAUGUUGAUGGCAAUCUCCGGCUUUGGGAUAUACAAACAGGAAAGCUUCUCAGUGAGGUUGCUGCUCAUUCUCUUGCUGUGACAUCAAUCUCUUUGUCUCAAAAUGGAAACACGAUUUUGACAAGUGGGAGAGAUAAUGUGCAUAAUCUGUUUGAUAUGAGAACACUUGAAGUUUACGGCACAUUGAGGGCGAGUGGAAACAGAGUGGCAUCUAACUGGAGCAGAUCCUGUAUUAGUGCAGAUGACAAUUAUGUUGCUGCUGGAUCUGCUGAUGGAUCUGUACAUAUUUGGUCAAUACAGAAGGGAGAUAUAGUUAGCACUCUUAAGGAACAUGGAUCAUCUGUUUUGUGCUGUGCUUGGAGUGGUCUCGGAAAGCCUUUGGCGACUUCUGACAAGAAUGGAGUUAUUUGCACUUGGAUCUGAUACAUUUUACGGCAGCUUGUCACUUUUAUUAUCACAUUAUAGUUGUUCUUGUAGGUGAUUCUUAAUCGUUUCAUCUGAAGCUGAUUGGGUUGCUUAAAAGUGUUACGUUGCCACGGGAAAUAAUAUGGUUUGUUCUCUAACAAUGUACAGUUAAUUUCUUUUCCCUGUGAAAUGAUAUGGGUUUUUAAUUUUUAUCCUGCA